UCGAGACGGACAAUCUUCCUCGCGAUCGAUGGGAGGAAAGUUGCGCAUCGAGAAUGUCAAGUGCCCGCUGAUAUGCUGCAGGAGAGUGUCUUCUUCCCGGAGGACGAUCCUGGCCCAAAUGCCACGAUCGCCCUCGAAAGUGCGCCGCAAUUCUCCAGCUCGUCGCUCGUGAAGUUCCUGGUGCUGAGCGCGAUGGGCGUCGUGGCGAUCGUGGGCAAUCUGGCCACGAUCUGGAGCAUCCGCAAGAGCAGGGCGCUCCGUCGCGCCGCUCUGCACAACUGCACCUCCAUCUACCACCUCAUCACGCACCUGUCCAUCGCGGACCUCCUCGUGAGCUGCUUCUGCAUCGUCGGCGAGGCCGCGUGGAGUUACACGGUUCAGUGGCGCUCCACGGACUUCAUGUGUCGCUCCGUGAAGUACUUCCAGAUGUUCAGCCUCUACCUCUCCACCUACGUCCUCCUGCUGAUCGGCAUCGACCGCUGGAUGGCCGUGAAGCAUCCCAUGAAGUCCUUCCACUUGGACAUUCGCUGGAGAAUCGUCUCCGUUUACAUCAUUUCGCUCAUCUUCAGUCUGCCUCAGUUUUUCAUUUUCAGCGUCCAAAGAGGUCCUUUCGUGGAGGACUUCCACCAGUGCGUGACUCACGGCGCCUACGAUGCCUUCUGGCAGGAGCAACUCUACACGACACUCACGCUCGUGCUGAUGUUCGUGAUUCCGCUGGUCAUCCUCGUGGGCACGUAUCUGGCCAGCUUCCGCGAGAUCUCGCAGAACGAGCAGCUCUUCACCAGCGCGCCCAACACCGUCCUCAAUGCUAGUCUCUACAAGCGACAGAAGAUGCUGCAUCGCGCCAAGAUGAAGUCCUUCCGCAUGAGCGUCAUCAUCAUCCUGGCCUUCCUCAUCUGCUGGACGCCCUACUACGCCAUGAUGCUCAUCUUCAUCUUCCUCAAUCCAGACGAAAAGCUGGAGGAAGAUCUUCAGUCUGCGAUAUUCUUCUUCGGGAUGUCAAACAGUCUCGUGAAUCCGCUCAUCUACGGAUUCUUCCACGUCUUGCCGCGCCGAAGACGCCUGAGAAGGAGCAUUCCUCCGUCAGAACCCACGAUUCUGCGCGACGGCGACAGGAAUAGCCAGAGAAAAUUCUCCUUAAGUUCUCUGUUCAAGUUUCAAAGUUAAUUGGCGCACAAGUUUCAAAGCCACAGGAAGUGAAUCAGAGCAAGAAGUGGACGUUAAGUGCAAUAAAAGACGCUGGUUUAUUAGUGUAAAAAAGAAAUGUGAGAACAAGUGAACAAUUCGAGCAUUUUUAGACAUAAAGACCUUCAUUUUUCAGACCAAUUAUUAUCAUUUCUACCGCUUAGAAUAAACUUAAGAGUCGAUAGAAUGGCGUUUUCAUUGAUUUUCAUUUGUAAAACUGAAGCGCAAUUAGUUCUUAAAGUCAUAAUUAAGUUCUGCAAAAACUACUUGUGAUCACUAUAUUUUACUACAUUAUAUAGAAGAAGGAGUGUCGAAAAAAGUAUUUUAUUGUGAAAAAUUUUCCAUAAAAUUCACUCACCUGAAUUAUUCGUCGCACCUGUUUCACUGUGAAAGUCGUUAGGAGUCGAAUAUCUGUGAUAUUUUUAGCAUUAUUAGCUAUCGUGUGCGCUUAGUUAGUCAACAAAGUGAUAAACGCAAUUAUUACAUUUCUUUUAAUAAUUCCCUCCGGAGAACAAUGAUAGUGAAAAAGGCCUUUCUCGCCUUGUGAUUCAGCUCUAAAGUGUCUCGUGGGAAUUAUUAUACACCGCGAUGAUCGGGAAUUGAAGUAAUUGCUUUGGUUUUACUUGUUUAUUUCACUACGACUUGAAUAAAAUGAUAAUUGUGCUAAGAAAAAUAGAGCACAAGUCUUUACUUUGGUCAAAGGGGAAAAUCAGUCGUGAUUUCUGAACAGUUUUGCGGAUAAUCAAUCAAUUCUUGAUUAUUUUCUCCGCAAAUUAAGUCGCGA